AUGGGUGCAUCAGGCUUAGGUUCUGCUUUAGCAAAUUGCAUUAAUCUCUCAAAAUUGACACUUGACCUUGAGGGAAAUUAAAUUGGUGAUGAAUGUGCAUCAGGCUUAGGUUCUGCUUUAGCAAAUUGCAUUAAUCUCUCAAAUUUGACACUUAACCUUGGUGGAAAUUAAAUUGGUGAUGAAGGUGCAUCAGGCUUAGGUUCUGCUUUAGCAAAUUGCAUUAAUCUCUCAAAUUUGACACUUUAGCUUUAUAGAAAUUAAAUUGGUGCAAUGGGUGCAUCAGGCUUAGGUUCUGCUUUAGCAAAUUGCAUUAAUCUCUCAAAUUUGACACUUUAGCUUGUUAGAAAUUAAAUUGGUGCAAUGGGUGCAUCAGGCUUAGGUUCUGCUUUAUCAAAUUGCAUUAAUCUCUCAAAUUUGACACUUUUUCUUGGUAGAAAUUAAAUUGAUGCAGUGGGUGCAUCAGGCUUAGGUUCUACUUUAGCAAAUUGCAUUAAUCUCUCAAAUUUGACACUUUUCCUUGGGGGAAAUUAAAUUGGUGAUGAAGGUGCAUCAGGCUUAGGUUCUGCUUUAACAAAUUGCAUUAAUCUCUCAAAUUUGACACUUUAUCUUAAUGAAAAUUAAAUUGGUGCAAUGGGUGCAUCAGGUUUAGGUUCUGCUUUAGCAAAUUGCAUUAAUCUCUCAAUUUUGAAACUUUACCUUACUUGGAAUAAAAUUGGUGAUGAAGGUGUAUCAGGCUUAGGUUCUGCUUUAGCAAAUUGCAUUAAUCUCUCAAAUUUGACACUUUACCUUGAUGAAAAUUAAAUUGGUGCAAUGGGUGCAUCAGGCUUAGGUUCUGCUUUAACAAAUUGCAUUAAUCUCUCAAAUUUGACACUUGAUCUUAGUGGAAAUUAAAUUGGUAAUGAAGGUGCAUUAGGCUUAGGUUCUGCUUUAGCAAAUUGCAUUAAUCUCUCAAAUUUGACACUUAACCUUUAGGGAAAUUAAAUUGGUGAUGAAGGUGCAUCAGGCUUAGGUUCUGCUUUAACAAAUUGCAUUAAUCUCUCAAAUUUGACACUUUAUCUUAAUGAAAAUUAAAUUGGUGCAAUGGGUGCAUCAGGUUUAGGUUCUGCUUUAGCAAAUUGCAUUAAUCUCUCAAUUUUGAAACUUUACCUUACUUGGAAUAAAAUUGGUGAUGAAGGUGUAUCAGGCUUAGGUUCUGCUUUAGCAAAUUGCAUUAAUCUCUCAAAUUUGACACUUUACCUUGAGUAAAAACAUUUUAUUUGUUUUAGAUUGUGA